AUGGUCAUUUGGAAUGCUCCUGCUGUCAUUAUGAAUCUGUUGGACUCCCGUUUGUCCAUCAAGGUGCUGCCAUUGCAUCACAUUCCAAGUCAGAGAUUUGGUCAUCACGAUGUUCAUCCGGCUUGGUGGAAGAUAUGGCACAAGUUUGCCUAUGAGGAGGAAAUUGAAGAAGAAAGCAUGAACAAAAGGAGAAUUGUCAACUAUAGUACAGAGUUUUUUGACUUGUUGAUGGGUAGGGAGACCUUUGAAGGGCUGAGUCAGCAAUCCAACUUGAGUCAUGACAACGAUCACUACAAUGAUCACUGUGAGGAUGAUAUUGAUGAGGAUGAUGUUGAUGAUAGUGAGGAUGGUAGUCAUGAUGAGGAUGUUAGUGACAAAUGUGAUUUCAAUGCCAAUGCCGUGUUGGAGGCUGAGACUGAUGCUGAUUUGGAUGUUGGUGAUGGAGGUGACAAUGUUCCUUUUGGUGGAAUGGUCCUUUUGGUGAAUUAA